UUUCUAGUUGAUCGAGGGCAUGCAUUGACUCUAGUAAAAACUAUAAAGGGUGCGUGCGUGCGUGCGUAUCUUGCUGUAUAUGCUGGAAGGAGACAAUCGACUGUGUUUAUUAGACAGAUCGAGACAAUCGAGCAAAUUAAGGUGGUGAAUCAAUAUCUAUAUAUAUGGGAAACGGGCAAUCAACAAGAGUGCAACGACGUAUGUGGUCACGUACUCCUUUUCGCUAUCACCGAAUUUUCCCUUUCAAUUCACUAAACCAACCUCUGCUAGACGAUGACAGCCAGUCCAUGGUGUCAAACCUUCAACUUGAAGCCGAUCAAGAAAAGAAAGCAGCUUUGGAGAAAGAAAAUCGUGACUUGAGGUCUGCACUCUCCAGGCUAGAAUCCAAGCUUCAAUCAAAGGAGAGGGCCACUGAAGCACAAGCAGGGAGAAUCGCCAACCUUGAGAGAGAGGUUAAUGAACUCAAGAGUCAAGUGUCGAAGCUAAAAUCUGAACGUCAAGUUGACAAAGUUCACAAAUUUAAACAAGAAGGGGCCAAUAAUUAUGCUGCUUUGGAGGAGAUCAGAAUUAAGAAGCCGUCAACCGGCAGUGUCUCUGAGAAGAAGAAGGCGUCUGCUUCUUCUCAUGAUUCACAUGUAUGUUUACAAUUAGACAAGGCACAACAGGCGUUGCCGGAUGAUAUUGUUGCCUGCCUUAUCGUUUUGAUAUUUUUAGUAUCUAUUCUCAUUGUCAUCAACCUCUAAUAUGUAAUUAAGGACACUGCCAUUUCCUCAUCAGAAAAAUGGUGGCCUUCCUGAUCAGUACUGUCGAUAUAUAUAUA